AUAAAAAAAUUUCACUUACAUUACAGUUAUUGCUGUAGAAAAGGCCAUUUCGACCUGAAUCAAGACACAGCCAAAAUGGCUGUUUUUGUUUUGUUGGUGUGUAUUCUCCUACCUCUGGUUUCAGCCCAACCACCUCAUGACAAGCGAAAUGUUCUCCUUAUAAUAGCUGACGAUGUUGGGUUUGAAACAUCCGUCUACAACCACACUGCCUGCAAAAUGCCCAAUUUGGCGCGGCUUGCUCAGCAGAGCGUGACUGUGCGUAAUGCAUACACCUCGGUCAGCAGUUGCUCACCGAGUCGUUCUGUGAUCCUGACGGGUAUGCCGCAGCACCAGAACGGGAUGUACGGACUGCACCACCAGGAGAAUCACUUCAUGUCGUUUGAUACGGUGAAGAGUCUGCCCCUCCUCCUAAAGCCAUAUGGCAUCCAUACAGGUAUGAUCGGCAAGAAGCAUGUUGGACCAAAGUAUGUCUACAAGUUUGACUUUGAAAGGGAUAGUGACACCCUCAACAUGCUACAGUGUGCAAGGAACAUCACCCAGAUGAAACUAUAUGUCAGAGAGUUCUUUGCGCAGCAGAACAACACAACCCCUUUCAUGCUUUACAUGGGUUUCAAUGAUGCCCAUCGAUGCGGGGGCCAGUACGGCGAGUUCUGUGAGAAAUUUGGCAAUGGCGAGAAGGGCAUGGGGAUCAUUGAUGACUGGAAGCCAGUCUACUAUGACCCCAAAGAUGUAGAGGUCCCAUACUUUCUGCCUGAUACCUUGACAACGAGAAUCGACAUCACCAAGCAGUAUACAUCACUCAGUAGACUGGAUGCAGGUAUUAGCAUGCUGCUGGCUGAAUUAGAGCGUGUCGGUCAUCUCAACGAUACUCUUAUCGUCUAUACAGCUGAUAAUGGUAUCCCAUUCCCCAAUGCUAAGACCAACCUGUUUGAACCAGGGAUGGGGGAACCUAUGCUUAUAUCUAACCCCUUUGACAAGCAUCGCUGGGGACAGGUGAGCGAUGCCAUGACGAGUACAAUGGAUAUCGUACCUACAGUAUUGGACUGGUUUGGUAUACCUAUGCCUGGUGAGGAGGAGGACGAGACCACAAAGCCAAUCCCCAAGACCAAAGAGUUUCCCACUCCUGAUGAGACGAUUAAGCAACCCAGCGCCGCAUUGACCGGUCAUUCGAUGGUGCCUAUCACUGAGAGCGAGCCAGGCACAGGCUGGGACCAUGUCUACGCCAGCCACAACUUCCACGAGGUCACCAUGUACUAUCCCAUGCGUGUCCUGCGCAACCGUCGCUACCGCCUCAUCCACAACCUCAACAACCGGGCCCCGUACCCCUUGGCUACCGACCUCUAUGCCUGCCCGACCUUCCUGGAGAUCCUCAACAACACCGUCAGCGGGAAGCCCACCAACUGGUUCAAGACGCUGGAAGACUACUACUACCGUGACGAGUGGGAACUCUACGACCUGCAGAACGACCCCCAUGAGCUGAUUAACCUGGCUGAUGACCCUGAUCAUCAGGAAGUCAGGCAGAAUAUGACCACUCAGCUGCAUUCUUGGAUGAUGGAGACCGCAGACACCUGGCAUUGCUACCCUCAUGGGGUGCGGUUUGGACCUGAUAAUGGGUGUGGUCCCAUGUACAAUGAACCCACUCAGCAAGGAAGCCCUGAGAUUAAUAUCAUUCACUGAUCAAAAGAUCGGGAAUGAAAUGCUUUCAUGCUAUUAGACCAGGCCUUCUCAACUGGCGGCGCGCGUGCCACUUGUGGCGCUUGCGCUCAGUCAGAGUGGCGCGCGGCUGUUCCAAAAAAUUAAUAAAAAAUAAAUAGAUAUUAAAAAUUGAAAACUAAAGCAAAAAAAAAAUUAAAAAUUAUAUUUUAAAAAUAAAAAAACUCAGCUGUAACAGCGAUAAGUUGAGCCCAAUAUGUAAGCUAGCCAUUUUGUUUGAUUGAUUUUCACUUCAUUUUGACAUUUUCCGUGUUUAUUGCACCAAAAUAACUACAUUUAAAUUAACUUCCAGUGUGGAUUUUUGCCAGGAAUUGUACUAAUUAUUUCACAUCAAUAUGAAAUUAUGAUUGAUGUUUUAUGGAACAAAAAGGUAUUAAAAUUGCCAUAUCUGGGC